UAAUAACUCAAAAAUAUGGGAUAUAGAAGCAACUGCACGAUCACAUUUGUAGCCUUCGUGGCAGCUCUAUGGGGGGUUACAACAGCACAGCCCAGCGGGUCAUGCGUGAGCACUUUGACCACCCUCUCUCCGUGCCUCAGCUACGUCACUGGAAACUCAACCACUCCCUCACAGAGUUGCUGCUCUCAGCUUGACUCUGUUAUCAAAUCUUCGCCGCAAUGCAUUUGUUCAGCCGUCAACAGUCCGAUCCCCAACAUAGGCCUUAACAUUAACCGCACACAGGCGUUGCAGCUCCCCAAUGCCUGCAACAUU